AUGGUAAUGAUAAAGAAAAUUAUAUUGAAAAACCAUGUUGAAGGUAGAAUGGUUCAGCAAUCAGACUUUGAUGUUCAGAGUGUAGAAUUCAAUUAUGAGGCUGUUGAAUUGGCUGAGAAUGAAAUUGUCAUUAAGUUAGAGCUUGUUUCAGUUGACCCUUAUAUAAGAGGUCGUUUAUCAGCUGCUAAAUCAUAUGCUGCAUCCUAUAAAGUAGGUGAGCCAAUGAUAGGAAUCUGUGUUGGUAGAAUCCUUAAAUCAAACAAUCCUAAAUGGGCAGUUGGUGAUCAUUGUUGUGGAGAGUUACCUUGGAUGGAGAUAUUCAAAUUCAAUGGUAACAGAGGUAUUUACAAGGUCAAUGAUAAGUUGGUACCACUUGAGACCUAUCUCAAUAUUCUUGGUGUUGUCGGCUUGACUGCUUAUCAUGGAAUGCGUGAGAUUGGUGAGCCAAAGAGUGGUGAGACACUGGUUGUCUCUGCUGCAGCUGGAGGUGUUGGUUCGAUUGUUGGUCAAAUCGGAAAGAUCAAGGGUUGUAGAGUUGUCGGUAUUGCUGGAUCAGAUGAGAAGUGUGAAUUCCUAAAGAGAGAACUUGGAUUCGAUGCCGCUGUAAACUAUAACUCACCAACCUACAGGAAAGAUCUUAGACUUGCAUGUCCAAAGGGUGUUGACAUUUACUUUGAUAAUGUCGGUGGUAAAAUCAGUGAACCUAUAUUCCUAUUGCUAAACCAAUUCGCACGUAUACCAGUUUGUGGUGCAAUCUCAAUGUAUAACUCUGCACCUGGUGAUAGUGUUGGUCCACAUUGUCAAGUACACUUGGUUAGAACCUCAACUAGAAUGCAAGGAUUCAUUGUAACAGACUACUCUAAAAAGAAUGGAGAAGCAAUUAGAGAGUUAUCACAAUGGAUUGUACAAGGUAAGUUAAAGGGUAAAACUACAAUUACUCAUGGAUUCGAUCAAAUCAUUCCCUCUUUCCUUUCGUUAUUCAGUGGUUCAAACACUGGUAAAUUAUUAGUUAAAAUGGAUAAUACAAAUCAAAAAUCAAAUCUUUAA